GCGCGUUGUGUUGCGUGCAUUCCCUCGAGUCAGUCAAGUACAUCUUGGGUGCUUACGUCAAUUUAACGAUGAGUUCGCUUUGUACCCGUUACACAACCAAAGCUUCCAUCUUAGAAACACAAAACCCACGAUCAAUAAUUUGUCGCAAUACCUAGAGUCCAUCGAAAAUAGCGACAUACAAUAGCUAAAUUUCUCAUGGGCUGAUCGGAUUCGCCACGGACUUCUCCCGAAGAAAAUCAUGACGCUACUGACUUGUAUAUCUCCAGUGGCCAAGUACUGCCAUCGGUAAUGAUAUGUAUAACCAACACAAGAUAAUGAGGAGAUUACUUGGUCGCCAGAAUACCGAAUCUCCUGGCGAUGGCAACCUCGGUGUCACUACCUCGCCCGUCCCCCAGUCUUACCGACCUAAUGCCUCCCAAGACGCAGUAUAUUCCUCCUCCGUACCAGUAGCUUGUCUCGAUAGAUCCGCCGAUGGUCAACAUGCCGUGCUGGGUGGUCGCCAUAUCCUUAAAACGAUCCAUUUCGAUGGCCUUCAAGUUAAGGAAGGUAUUGAUAUCCGUUCCAUUAUUACCGCGCAAUAUGCGAACAAGAGCAAUGCAAGUCUGGCCUCGGAUCAGCUUUCGAUAAAAGACGUCAAGUUAGCCUCUAACCAUGGCAACGACCUCACCGUCUUUACCGCCUGCGCCAACGGAAAGAUAUUUAUGUACGAUGUUAAUCGGUUGGGCUCAGGUGCUGGUCUUGAGCCCAUUCAGACCAGGGAGGAUUCGCGACAGGUGAACACCCUCGAUUUCAACCCUCAUUGGGGAACCUGGUUGCUAUCUGGAGGCCAGGAUGGAACGGUGCGCUGUUUCGAUGUGAAAGCACCUAUACCUUCGCGUAGUGGUCCAACAUUUCGGACAAUCCAAGCUUUCAGGUGUAAUGCUGAUGGGAUCAGUGAUGUGAAGUGGUCGCCUAAAGAUGGUAUGAUCUUCGCCUGUGCUACAGAUUCCGGCGUCAUCUUGAAAUGGGACUUUCGGAAAUCUAAUGCACCAUUACUAAAAAUAAAUGCCCACGAUACUCAGAAGGGGGCAUCCUCUAUCUCCUGGCAUGCAGAUGGAGAUCAUCUGAUAAGCGCGGGGUUGGAUAGCAAGUGCCACGUCUGGGACCUGUCCAAGAAUGCCGAGAAGAGGCAAAAGCCCAAGUGGACAAUCAAUGCCCCAGCUCCCGUUACAAGCGUGGCAUGGCGGCCGGGUCUCUGGUCCGCUACUGCCCAAGGGCGCCGAGCUGCCCAGGUCGCCGUGUCGUACGACGAAGGCGGGCACGUUAAGAAGAAUGGUAUUAGUUCCGUGCAUAUCUGGGAUCUAGCACGCCCGACAAUGCCAUAUAAGGAAAUAGACAUAUUUGAGAACUCGCCUAGUGCUUUACUUUGGCACAAUCAGGAUCUGCUUUGGACGGCAGGACCCGAUGGCUUCGCUCAGUGCGACGUUGCAUUUGCUCCCAAGGUAAUAGAUCGCCAACCACUUUCGAAUGUCGCUUUCUCCGCUAGAGGAGAAGCACUCAUGUUCCUCGAGGAGAGAGUACAUCUGCCUCGGCCACGUCCAGCAGUAAUUUCGCAUCAGGGGUUGCCUACGUCGCCUUACAGCUCUAGUCCUACUGGGCAGGUGCUCAGCAUUAGUCGUAGUGACUCGGAGGAAGAUGUAAUCGGUAGCUUUCUCGGGACGAGGCGGAAUGCGGCCGACAAGCGCCGAGGAAACAAUAAAGUAGCUAAUACUCUAAGUACAACACCCCCGUCUGGUCCUGGUGUGGAGGGCCAAGUCAUCCCACUAGAUCAAGCGAUGAAGAUAACGGGUUCGUUCAAGCCACACCAAAUCAUGGCAAUUGGUCAAAUACCUGCAGCCCCCAAAAUGCAUGUGUAUAGUUAUCUAUCUCGGCAAUACCUUGAGAUUCUCAAGCAAGAUCUUCCGUAUACCGAAGGGGGUCGACCCCUGAACGAAAGGGUUGCUGGAAUCAUCGAAAGGUAUGCACGAGCUUCCGAGGGCGUCAGUCAAUUUCGACUCGCGCAGACGUGGCGAAUAUUAUCUUACGCCAUCGGCCUACUCCUGACCCGCAGGUCUCAAUACCACUUAAAACAGCGCCAAGUGCGCCGUGAGAAGUCACUGAUAGAAGCCGAUAAAGACGCCUCGGAUAUUAAGUUGGCAUUCUCGAAGGCGGAUGCGUCCCCACGAAUAAGAGUCGAUGGGGAAGACGCCCCGAGAAAGCCACCGUCCGUGUCGUCUCUCGAGGGCCGUCAUCCCUUGGCGAAGUCGUUACUCACGGAAGAGAUGUAUAGCGAAUCCAAUGUCGCGACACCCUUAGCCCGGCCUGUUAAAGAAAAUGUUAACAAUAGUCAUGAAUAUGCCGCGGGGAGGUUGUUGACCCCAGUUUUAGAAAUGGGGAGCUUCAACCUACCACCUUCCGUCCUCCCAGAGGGUUCUGGUCCGCGGAAGAGACUUAAUUCUACUACUCUUUCGACCUUUAGCCAAGAUAGCCAGAUGUCUAGCACGGAAGGAUAUGAUUUCUACGAUAUGGACGCUAUCGAGAAUAUCAUAAACGUGAUCGAUGUUCCGAAAAAGAGGGAGCCAUUAAGUCUUGACUGCGCAGAACCAUCUUCACCAAACGUACGACGAAGGCCUAUUAGACACGAUUCGGACGAGAGCUACACACAAAUAUUUAUGUUAUCGGAUGCCAGUAGACAACCAUCUACUCUUACAGGUUCACCUAAUAGUAGUGCGCGUACCUCCCGGAGGGCGGAACAAAUGAGCGGGAGCUUAGGAGAGGGAGAUGGGGAAUUUGGAAGCAGAAUCAGAGGUAGACCGAUCGAGGAGUCCCCUGGAAGCGUGAGACGUCUAACACGACAUUCAAUAGAGCAGCAAGAUUCUGAUCUCACAGAUGACAUUAAAAUAUCACAGACGACUACGGACACGAUGGAUAGUGAUCCGUCCCCGGAAAUGAAUAGCAAUUCCUCGAAAUAUGCAACUAGACUGGUCUUAGAAACAAGACUUGCUCGAGAGCGUUCUAUGAUAGACCAGCCUGAGGACCACCCAUCAUCUCAAGUCACUGAGACCGACUUCCUCCCAUGGCCGGGUGACCCCCCUUAUCCACAUCCAAUCGCAGACGAGGUAAACUCGAAAUUACCUAUCCCGCCUAUUAACCCAUACGAUGUCCUAUCGCGUGCUCUGGCCUUCGAGUCGAGACUUUCCGCUCUUAACGCAUCCGCUAUGAUCCUCCUCUUGAAACCUCUCGUACCCGACGAUGUCAUCGAUUGUCACCAAGCCGCCGCCAUUCUAAGACAGUAUCACAAACGCCUUAUGGGUAUGAAGCUAUUCGUCGAAGCCUCACUUCUACGCAACCUUUGCGUCCAGGGAUGGCCUGAUGGUCUUCCGACAUGGGGCGAGAACUAUACUUCGGUCUUUACUCCGGCGCAGGAUCGCGUUUCAGCUGCAUUCACGUGCUCGCAAUGCCAUAAGCCGCGUGAAAUCGACCGCUCUAAUACGGAUGGUCCUGGUAUAUGGAAGUGCGAGCGUUGUCGCGCCGUGAUGGCGCCUUGUGCAGUCUGCGGGCAUCGAGACGCAACAGCAGACCCGCUUCCACCAGUAACGAUUUCGGAAGGCUUGGUAAUAAUUCCUUCUCGUCCGGCCGACGAACCUAUACUCUCGACAUGGUGGUAUUGCCCUGGCUGCUCUCACGGCGGCCAUGCAAACUGCUUACAGGACUGGCAUUCACCAAUCGUGCCCAAAGAAAUAUCCUCUCCCCCAAUUUCUUCCACCUCCCCGUUCGACGGUGCCUUCCCCGAAACAAACAGCGACGGUUGCUGCCCCUUCGACGGCUGCGGGCACGCCUGCCUUCCCGGCCGUUGGCGUAACGAGAGCAGUGCCGCCCGCACAGAAGAACUAGGCCGGGUGGUGCGCGAACAAACCCGGAAUUCCAUCAGUGCUGGUUCCGGCACCGGACUUAAACGUGGCGGGGCCAGGCAGCGCAAAGGCAGCACUACCAACGCCUCGACUACACCAUCCAAUGCUAUCCGCGGUGACGCGAUCGAGGUCCCGCAGAGCAGAGCGGUGGAGAGCGUGCGGGAGGCGCUUUCUACGCUUGAGGUUGUUGGUGCCAACGGAGGCGGAGGCAGUGCAAGUGGUGGGAGUAACGGGGGGAUAUUUGCGGGGAUCCUCAGUUCUAGCCCCGGACGCGCUAGUUUGGUUGGGAGCGGGAGCGGUCCGGAACGAAGGAAGAGUGUUAAGUUUGCGGGACCGCCGGAGGCGGGGCGGUGAUGGGGAUUAAGUAUAGGUUAGGUACCUAGGUAGGGAUGUUUGUUUGUUUGUUCGUUUGUCUGGUGUGUAUAUAUGUACAUAGGUAAGCUGGUAUGUACCUACGGAGAGAAACUACUUAGUUGGUGGGAGCGGAAUGGUUGUUGCAUUGAUAUGGCAUAGCAUUUGCAUUAAGGGGUGUGGGGGUGGUAGGUGGUAGCAUGAGAAGAGGGGAGACCGCGGUUCGUUUAUACCCCGGAGGAAGAGAGCGGACGGAGAAGUGACAGCUUGUACGUCUAGAUAGGGAAGUAGUGUGCGAAUCGAAGAUGAUUUGGUCGUUUGUAUUAAAAAA